AUGUCUAUUAUUAAGAAGUCAACUAAAUCUAUUAGUGAAUCAACUGAUAAGAAGAGAAAAUCAGUUUCUAAUGAGAUUAAAGAAAAAAGCUUUAUUAUUGGAUGUGUAAUAAGAUGUGGUAUUAGUUUAGAACUAGAAAGAAAAACAAAGAAUGAUGAAGAAGGGCUUCAAAAUUUUAAUAUUAUUUCUGUUUGUGAUGAAAGGAUUCAAGAAGAAAUUAAUAAAAGAUUUAAAGAAUGGGAAAAUUUUAUACAAGAAAAAAAGGGGAAAGUAGAACAAAGAGAUAAAGAUAAGUCAUACCAAAAUAUUAAUUAUGAGACUUUACUUGAAGAAUUAAGUAAUUAUGGAAACGAAAUUAAUUAUAAGAAAACAAGAGGAAGUAGUAAAACAGUUAAAAGAAAAAGGAUAUCAACAUUUAAUGGAAUAAGGCAAGAAGAAAUAUAUGAAAUUGGAGAAAAAGUCAAUAAAUAUCUUAUUAAAGAAAUUAGAAUUGAAGAAGGUAAAAAGAAAAAGGAGUGUAGACAAGUUAUUAAUGAGAUUGACCCUAAUAUUAUUAUUACACCAUUAUUUAGUAAUUUUAAAGUAUAUUGUUCAGAAAGUAAUUAUGAUAAUGAAAAUUUUAAUCAAAUAGAACAAAUACCUAAUUGUUAUUUGAUUAAUUAUGUUCAAAUACCUGAUUAUUAUUACAAUUUAAAUUUAAUUGGUGGUAUAUUACCAAAUGAUUAUUAUAAGGGAUAUAAUUUACUAAAUUCACCAGUUCCAAUUCUAUUUGAACAAACAGGAUGUCCUAACAUUGAUGAAUCAAGCUUAAAAGGGAUAGUCAAUGUGAGAGAAAAAUAA